UGGUUUAAAGUAGUAUUAAUCAAAGACGAUAACCAUUUUCUUUAGUUGUGCGACUCAAGGGCAAUUGGAUAGAUCAGGACUUUUGGAUUAUUUCCUGAUUAGCUCCUUUUGUAGCCACCUUCCUUUAACAGAUACUAAUUGCUUAGGCGGUUGAUUAGUUGGUUGUUAGCCAUGACUUUAGGAAUUCUAGGGAAAUUCUAAUUGUUAGCCAUCUCUUUUGUUGUUUAAUGCUUUUGAUAAUCCUGUCUUCUGUUCUUAUCUUAAAACUUAUGUUAUCUAAGAAGAAAAAAUAUUAUUUGAAAGGCAUCAUAUAUGAACUUUACUGCAAUUUAAUUGUUCUUAUUUUGAGUAAGCAAAUCUUUUAUUUGGAACUUUCUGGUUUCAGGUCCAAGUAUUCACAGAUCAUAAUACCUUUCGAUCGAUGGGCAAAGAGCAUGCUCUUGUCAUAUCCAAUCACAGAAGUGAUAUUGAUUGGCUUGUUGGAUGGGUUUUAGCUCAGCGUUCAGGUUGCCUUGGUAGCACUCUUGCUGUGAUGAAGAAAUCAUCAAAAUUUCUACCGGUCAUUGGUUGGUCAAUGUGGUUUUCUGAAUAUCUUUUCCUAGAGAGAAGUUGGGCCAAGGAUGAAAGCACAUUAAAGUCAGGCCUACAGCAACUGAGGGAUUUCCCUCUUCCCUUUUGGUUGGCUCUCUUUGUAGAAGGAACUCGCUUUACACAGGCCAAACUAUUAGCUGCUCAGGAAUAUGCAGCCUCAGCUGGAUUGCCUAUUCCUAGAAAUGUUCUGAUUCCAAGAACUAAGGUGGAAUAUGAAUAUUCUCUUCUCUCUUUUGGUUGUCUUUUUUCCUUCCCUUGCUUUUCUUUCCAUUGUUUGACUAGGGUAUGUUUGCGGGUUUAUGGGGUGAAUAGAAGGAAUCAACAAAGAACGAAGGGGAAGAGAAGGAAAAAGAAUAAAGGGGUUACAUAUCCAGAUUUCUUCCCCUUGUUUGGAUGGUUAAAAUUUAAGAUCCUCCAAAAUCUUCCAUAUUCGGGGAACACUAGCAUGUUCAUAAAUUGAAUAGGGAGGGUUUUGGACUGUCACCCAUUUAUUUUCCUUCCCACAAGGAGC